CAAGUGUACUGCUAACAGUUGCUACCAUUAGGACCAGUGUCGUUGUCAGUGGUGUACUAAAGACAGUGCCUGUGUUUUGCGCUGUAUGGCGUCACUAUUGCCUGGGUAGUGCAGCGUUUGCAGGACUGUACAGAAGCUGCAUGGGCAAUAUCAUCAACGGAGGUAGCGUCCGACACAGCAGCACUGCCGAGGGCGGCGUGGGUGACAUCUCCUGCGAGGGAAUCAUUAGUGUCAACAGCACCAGCGAGGGAAGCAUUAGUGACAAUAGUCUCCUCAAACGAAGUGUAUAUACAGAUACUUCCUUGAGUGUCAAACACAACAGUCGUUGUAAGAACACAACAAGCUCUACAACAGCAUGUGCGCCAACAAGGCCAUCAAAGAGCAGUGGUAAUCCUCCAAGAACAGUUGUGGAUACAGCAAGAGAUGACUCACAGGAAACACAUUAAGAAUGAGAUGGAGAGACAGCGUUUGGUGACGGCUUGGACUGCGCUCUUGCUGUGUGCUGUGGCGGUUACGAUAGUGCCUCUUGCCUUCACACUGCCCCUCCCAGUGCCUCCUGAUGCGGUGCUUGUUGACCAAGGACCUAGUGACCUGAAAAGUGUUGGUUAUAAACCCGUUGAAUCAACAGCUGUUGCUAUCCUAGUGCCUCUUGACCAAGCACCUGUAAGCCUUACACUUUCUGGCAUAACACCUGCUCACCUGGCACCUGUUGACCUAAACCCGAAAGAUCGCACAACAUCUGAGCCAACAUCUGUCGAACAAGAACCUACUUACCUGCUGGUUCCUGAAAAUUCACGUCCUGUCCCAUCACCAACUGAUGGAGAAAGUGCUCAUGUGGCAGUUCAUGACCCAAUGCAUGCUGACACACUACCUAAUGUGAAGUCUGUUGACCUGGCGACUAUUGGCUCAGGACUUGAUGACUCAGUACCUGCUGACCCAGUACCUGCUGACCCAGUACCUGCUGAUCCAACACCUGCUGACUCAACCUUUUUAGACCCGGCAUUUAGUACUUUGGACCCACAUGAGGCGAAAAUUUCCUGUCCAACAGCUCCUAACCACAAUUUGGCUGACUUUGAUCUCUAUUAUAUAUUAUGUCCAUUAAAUAUGAUGUUCAGUCAAACACCGGCUGAGACCACUGGCAGACCACCGGCAGACCACACGCCUAGCGCCCCAGUACCCUCCCACAUGACAUCUCAAGGUAGCGCCGUGUCCCUGGAUGAGGCCAUCAUCAGUGGGGACGUAGAGCUAGUGCAGCAGCUCAUCACUGAUCCUGACCUCACCUCAUGGAACCUUUUUGGAGACUCUCCCCUGUAUAUGGCGGCCAGUUAUGGACACAGUGACCUGGUGAAGAUCCUGGUGCAGGCUGGGGCUGAUGUUAAUGGUCACAUGAUUGCUCACAACACUCCUCUACAUGUGGCAGCCAGGGCAGGCCGGAGGGAGGUGGCCGACACACUCAUCAUGCUGCAUGCUGACGUCAACGCUACCGAUUAUGAAGGUUGGACACCUCUACAUCUGGCAGCCCAUCAAGGUCACUACGACCUGAUGAAGAGCCUCAUCCACGCCGGAGCAUACAUCAAUGCACAAAAUAGGAAAAACGACACACCUUUACAUGUUGGUGUUCAGGCAGGACACAGUCAGGUGGUGGAGGUGCUCCUCUUGUACAACGUGGACCUCAAUGCUUCCAAUUAUUUAGGUUGGACACCUCUACAUCUGGCAGCCCAUCAAGGUCACUACGACCUGAUGAAGAGCCUCAUCCACGCCGGAGCAUACAUCAAUGCACAAAAUAGGAAAAACGACACACCUUUACAUGUUGGUGUUCAGGCAGGACACAGUCAGGUGGUGGAGGUGCUCCUCUUGUACAACGUGGACCUCAAUGCUUCCAAUUAUUUAGGUAAUUAAAACAUGUAUGAUGUAAAACAUUUAAUACUGUGUCUGUACUCGAGCACUGUCCAGUAGGAAUGACCAUCCCCCACACAACCGUUUCACACAUCAGAUAUUA